CCCUCUUCUCGACUCCCUUUCGAUAUUGAUCCAUUUGGCCCCGUGAACAUCCAGCAUAAAGCGGCUCCUCUGCAACGGUGCCUGCUCAUGGAUUGCUCUUGACGACACUGACGAGACGAAACGACCCCAAGCAACGACCUUGACUCUCAGGCAAUUCGAUAGACACUGCCCCAACCUCGAGCCUCUCUGUCCUCUCGACGAUGCCAGCCCCACUCUCGUGCAAAUCUGCCACGGCGUAUGACUCCUUGCCUCGCCAGCACAACGCCAAGCGCACCUCUAGUGCCCUUCACAAGCUUCAGUCAUCCAAGAAAAGCCAGCAGCAGCAGCAGCAGCAGCAGCAUACAGCCAACGACUCCCUUGGCGAAUUUGGCCUCGAGGCACCCCUAUCCUCGGCGACGCCCAGGCCGAGCCACGAUGGACCGCAGGGCAUCACUCGUCCCUCCUCGUCGCAGGGCUUUGCAUCGCCCAGGAGCCACAGCAGCUCCAAUGUCCACCAGCGCAAGAGGACGUCGUCGAUGAUCCCUAACCGUGGCGUCGGUGUUGGAGGACGUUCGCGGGCCAAUCGCAAGGUAUCGUCGGGCGUCGCCUCGUCUGAUCUUCCUCUCGUCAGCUCGGAUCUGGACCAAAGCAGCAGCAACGGGCCACAACAGUACCAGUACGGCGUUGUAGGCAGCAGCAGCCGAGCGGCCGCAUUCCACGGCGCGGAUCAACGACCACGGAAAUUUGAUGAUGAUGAUGACAACGAAGAUGACGAGGAUGCUGGUUACAGAUCCGACGACGUGUCCAUCAGGCCCAUUGGCGGCCCUCUCGCUGCCAACAACCACCGACCGAGCAGCCCCACUCCUUUGGCACAUCGUCCUUUGUCGCCGGUCAGCCCCAAACCGGCAGCCCGCGGUCCCAUCGCCUCGUCAUCUCCAAAGAAGAAGCGGGCAGAUGCAGAGGGAGCUGCCGUCUCGUCUCCCAGACCUCCAGCGCCGUCGCCGGGGCCAGCUAGGAAGCGAGUGGUGACAAAGGCCAUGAUUGGGAAACCAACCAACUUCCAGCACACGGGCCACAUUGGCGCCGGCGCUUACGGUGCUGCGACGGCGAUGGGCAGCGACCCGAAGGCCGCUCGGGAGCUGCAGCUGCAGCUUAGCGAGGUUGCGGCUGCCCUCAACUUUGGCGACGAGCUCGGUUCCUCGAUGCCUGUGAAGGCAGGAAAGGGGGAAGAAUCCGGCACAAAGGAAAUUGAAGAGGUGCGAGAUCCGGUGGUCGAGCAUGAAGUGAAGACGAGGGCGCGCAGCGAUGCCACUCUCAUCGAAGACGUGGCGACUGGCGAAGAGGCACCAUCACCCCCCUCGCCAACACCGCCAGCGACACCGAGGAAGGAGACACCCGCAAUCACAAGGGUUGCCGUCCCUACGCUCGACGAUGAAGAAGAAGAACAGCUGUUGCCCGCGGCCGAACAGAAAGCAGUGGUGAUCGAAGAGGUCAGGAGCAAGGAGCCGUCUUCUGCCUCGACUCUGGUCCUCGACCGAACUCCCUCGUCGGCCUCAGGUGUCAGCCGAAGCUCUUCAACGAGAAGAAAGCCCGUGUCUGUGCCCAACAAGCUCGCAGCCCUUUACGAUGAAUUCAAACAAGAAGAGCCAUUCAGUCUGCCCCAGCCCCCACCGUCUCAGAAUUUGCCGUCCUCAAAGCAACAGCAGCAGCAGCCGCAGCCGCAGCCGCAACCGCAGCCAGCACCAUUGGCAAAGGCCAAGGGUUUGAGCCCGCUCAUUGAAGAUGAAGAAGAGAUGAGGAAGCUCACCUACCGCCUUAAUGGCAAGCGAAUGGUGCCUGGCCCAGGUGGCGAUUACAUCACCGACACGGCGCACGGACGCUGGGACAAGGCCAUGACUGAGAUCACAAGGGCGCUCAAGAGCCAAGGGCUUGAAGAAAGCGGAGCCGACUACAACGACGACGAAGAUCUCGCCGAGGGUCUCCGCCGAGCAGACGAUGUUCUUGGUCGUCUCAAUGAUGGAGUUUUGUAAGAGUUGUCUCGUUUGCAACUUAUGUGUACACUAUAUCGUUUUGCCCUUCUCUGCAAUGACUUUUGCCCCUAGGCCAG